CACCACGUAUAUAUAUCCCCAUAUCCUCACACUCUUAUCCUCCAAACCCUAGCCGCUGCUACUCACCGAAGCUCCAUUCGGAAAAACUAGGGUUCACCCAUCCCCCCUUCUCUCUCUCCAACAAUGGCGGACGUGGAAAUGGACGUGGCGGCGGGGCAGCCGAAGAAGAGGACGUUCAAGAAGUUCAGCUUCAGGGGAGUCGAUUUGGACGCUCUGCUCGACAUGUCCACCGAUGAGCUCGUCAAGCUCUUCACUGCCCGUGCUCGCAGAAGGUUCCAAAGAGGUUUGAAGAGGAAGCCCAUGGCUUUGAUCAAGAAAUUGCGCAAAGCGAAACGGGAAGCUCCAGCUGGUGAGAAGCCAGAUCUUGUCAAAACCCACUUGCGCAAUAUGAUCAUCGUGCCUGAGAUGAUAGGAAGCGUCAUUGGGGUGUACAACGGCAAGACAUUCAACCAAGUUGAAAUCAAGCCUGAAAUGAUUGGUCAUUAUUUGGCCGAGUUCUCGAUCUCGUACAAGCCAGUCAAGCAUGGGAGACCCGGUAUUGGUGCUACUCACUCCUCAAGGUUCAUUCCUCUUAAGUGAGAUUCCUGUUGCUGGUGUUUAUGGUUCUGGUGCUACCCACUCCCCUGAUGGUUCAUUCCUCUGUGAAGUGAAGCACCUUUGGCAAGCAAAAUCUGGAAAUGAGACUUUUAUUUUCGAGUAACAUCUAUGUUUAUUCAAUUUGAAUGGUCGUGUGUUAGUAACUUCAAUAUGUUGCUGGAUUUUGAAUUUAGAUGAUCUAGCCCAGACGAUUUUUGGUUUUAGUUAUGUGGUUUUGCCGGGGGCAUAAUUUGAGUAUUUUGCAAUGCUUUAUAAAGUUCUGAUGCA